AUGGCAACAGAACAUGGAACACCAAACUGGUCGGACCUUGUCCAAGACAUCUGGUCAUUGGUCUUCAAGAACUUGAGCUUUACAGAUUUCGCUAGAGCGAAGACAGUUUGUUCGACGUGGUACUUUGCUUCCAAAUCAUCCUCACCUAGACAAAACCAUACCCCGUGGCUGAUCCUCUACGAAGACACACACUGGCUCUUGUUUAAUUCAGAAGAAGGCAAGUCUUACAAAACACAAUACCUAGGUCGCUUUGCGCAGUGUCGUGGUGUGGCUACUUGUGGGCGUUGGGUCUUGGUCUUUGACAAGGAAGUAAAUUUCUACAUCAUUAAUCCCUUCACUCCAGAGAUCAUACACCUCCCACCUCUAGAAUCGAACCGUAGUGCCGAGUUCAAGAGACGCGGAAACUAUUCUUUCGACAUACGCCAUAGCACUGGCAUGGGUAAAAAUGUGAUAGUGAAGACCGCUGUUUUGUGGGUAGAUGAAAAAACAAAAGAUUACUUAGUUGUAUGGUCGUAUAAAGAGGCAUGUUAUUCUAGUCCUUACAUAUGUUAUUGUAGGAAAAGAGACCAAGAGUGGUUUGAGAUACCAAAAAGCAGUGAGAAUGUAAGAGGGUGUUUGGAUUUGGCUUACAAAGACAAGAAGCUUUACAUACGUAGUUACAUUGGUAGCAUCAGAAUCUUGGACUUUACUCUUGGAGACUACUUGCCAAGAGAAAUCUACAAUCAUCCAUAUGCCUAUCGACCUUUUGAUCCUAAGCUUGUUUCAGGUAAGGUCAGAAUGAAACUAACAACAUCUGGAGAUGUUCUGAUGGUGCAACGCAUGAUAGGACACACUGACAAAAGAGUACGGUUCCAAGUCUACAAGAUGAGUAGCACUAGAGAAUAUUGGGAUAAAGUGUGUUCUGGGGAGAAGGAGGACACGUUUUGGAUGGGAGGGUGUGGUAAUGCUGAGUACUGGGAGAGAGUAGAGUCUUUAGAGAACGAGGAAGCUUUGGUUUGGGAUUUGAGUGUUACUUUACCAACCAAAGAUGUAUAUGGGAUCAAGAAAGAUUCUAUAUAUUAUUGUCACACUACUAAAUCAUCUAUUCGGGAAGUUGCUGCCUAUGAGAUUCCUACGCAUAAGAUCUAUGCAUAUGAGAUUCCUAAGCAAACGAUAAAACCAAUUCAACAUCGUGGCCUCAUUAUUGGAGGUGCUCGUUGGUUCAUUCCUUGUUUUGGUGUUGGAGAAUAA